CUUAACUGCGUCGGGCACAGGGAGGGAAAUUGAAAAGAGUUCAAACGAGGCCCAAACCCCCCACUCUCUCUCUCUCUCUCUCUCUCUCUCUCAGAUUUGCCCUAAACACAUCUCAUUUGGGGCAAAUCAACCCAAAAAUCUGCUGCACAAGUUCAAAGCAGAGAUUAGGGCACCGAUUGUUUUCUAGGUUUUAAUUUUUUCUCUUUAGUUCCAAGGAGAUUUGAAUCGCAGGGUUAUAUUGUAUAGCAUAUUAGCAUGGCGAAGGUUGCUACUCAGGGCCCUGUAUCUUCCAGUGCUCUUCAUUUUGGUGGGGGGGCUUCAAAGGUUGGCACUGCAGUUAAAAGGAAGACACCUUCAGAAUUGAGGGGAGAACAAUUGAAGCGAAAGAAUGUUGUGGAGCUUGUUGAUGAGUCUCCAGCUGCUGAGCUUGGUUUUCUGGAGAACACAACCGGGAUAGUUUGUGGGCUUAAGAAACCAGAUUUAUCAAAGAACCGUAGAUACAUUGACACCCGGAUGGACGAGGUAUAUCCGGUCAGAAAAAGCAGCAUUAGGCUUAGGAUGCUUUCUAGAAAAGAAAAUGCAAAGGAAAACAGUCCUGUGGAGCAUAAUGGCAGCCUGAAAAGCUGCUCUGUUCCGUCAGAUUUGGCUGCCAAAAGUCAAUCACAGCUUUCACACCCGGAGGAUUCUUUUGCUUCAGGUACCAGAAAUGGAACAGUGCAAGCUUGUAAAACAACUGAAAAAUGCAGUGAGAAUACAUUUCGUAGUGUUACAGAGCUAUCAGCAGGUGGAGAAAAGCUAUCUGGCCGGGAAACUGUUGAUUUGGACAAAGCUCUGAAAGGACUGGUUGCUCAUGAACCUCCUCCCCGUUCCAGUUUAGCUUCUGAUUCUUCUGAAAGAAAAGGUGAUUUCACUUUGGGAAAUUUAUGCUCAGAAUUCCAUAUUCCUGGUCGAAAGUCUCCUCUGGAUUUUACGUUGAAAACAACUAUGCGGGUGGUGUCCUCUUCCUCUGUAAAUUGGUUUCAUAGGUUAAUAGCAUGUGGUGCCUAUAGUGGUGGGGCCCAGUUUACCAGCGCCUUUCAGGUUGGCUGUUCUGAAGGUCAAAAAAUGAGCUCCUCGUCAGAGUUUACUUCCACUACCCAAGUAGUUAACCCAAGAGCUUUACAUUCAUGGGUGUACCCACAGUCUUCUCUACCACCAUCUAUUAUAUCAGCGUUGACCUUAUCUUCAGCAGAAGGAGUCCAAAUGGAUUUCUUGAGCAAACGACAAUUGGCAUGGGAGGAUGCAUUUCGGAGUCUUUACUACAUGCUUCGGAAGAGUGUGUGUGAGAUUUUUUAUGUGUGCACUGCACAGUUUGUGGUGAUGUUCAUUGGUGAUGAUGGUUCGAAGGAAAGUAAGCGCACAUGCAAUGCAUACAUAUCCCAAUCUACAAGAAGUUUAAGGUCAUUGUUAAGAGAGCAUGAUAUUUCUUUCUCUAUGCCUCUUUGCUAUUCUAAAGUUGAGCAAACUACAACAGAAGACCUGGUUGAGCUCUCAGAGAUGGAGAAACAUAAUCUGGGCCAGAUUCGUCGCCAGAGUUCUAUGUCUAACGUGGAUAAUAGCCCACAAUCUUUGCUCGCAUUCAAUGGAAACCAGAAUGUGCAUGGGUUAUAUGAUUUUCUAUUAAAUUAUAGAUUUUUAUUAACCUCUUUGACUAGUAUGGAUGUCCCUGUAUUAUAUUCACCAGUGCCAUUUCAAAACGCUGCCCUUUCUUGUCCAGAGGUUAGAUGCAAGGAAGUGAGAAGGGCUGAUAAUAUAUCUUUUCCUCUAAAGGAAUUCAACAUGAAAGAUGAAUCUUCAUCUUCUGGUUUCUGCUAUAGCAUUGAAAUCAAGGAUGCAUAUCUUCCUCCAUGGGUAAUCAGCAGUUUUUGUGAAGCCAUGUGCUCUGAGGGAAUGAGCUUUGAGGCAAGUUUUGUUACGGAAUCUACCACAACUGGGUUGAAUGUUGGUUUCGAGACCAUUUGCCAAAAAGUGAAUCCUCAUCAACCCACAGCAGUUGAAGGCUUGCAAGAAAGUAGAAGUGCUUUUGGUAUUUCAAACACCAUUUUUUCUCUUCACUUGCGUUCUGCCUUUCUAAAAGGCUUGAAGUACAGUAAUGGUUCUUAUACAGCUUCUGUUUCAUCCGUUUGACAUUCUGUUUUACGUCGUCUUUACCAUAAAUGAAACAGUGAACUCUUGUUUUCACGGCAUAAUGGUGAUUAUUUUUGCCCUUUCGGUUUUUGGUAGAAAAUGCUAACCAUUUCAGUAUUUGAUGUAAUCUUGUUGAAUUGUUUACACUUUGAUUGAAAUUGUAUUUUUAUUUAACCCAGA